GUCCUUUGGAAACGAAGGGAACAAUUGCAAUUUCAAACCAAAAUCUUUCAUUAAUUGUUCCCCACUUCGUUUUUGAGACAAAAUGCAGAAGUUUCAGGAACCUUCGCCACCUCCACCCUCUCUGUACAGUAAAAUCUACUCUGAGAUAGAAGAGAUUGGAUGGGAGCAUCUGAUACAUUCGGAGGACGACCUGUCCUCGGUCAGUUUCCGCGUCCUAGAUGAGAAGGGGCGAGCGCAUCAGUUGGAGAUAUUGCUGCCUCGAAACUACCCUGAAUGUUCUCCGUCAAUUGCUGCAGACUUACCGUAUGUAGCGAAGAUACACUGGUCGAGAACCUCAAGAUUGAAAGAUGUUGUACAUCAGUUUCGCGAGCAUUUGAAGAAGUUGCAGCAAUUCUGGUCCACAAUGGAUGACAUUGACAAGACUCUUUGGGUUGUCGAUCCAAAACAGCCGCCUCUUGCUGCAUCGUAUCGGCGUGUUGUUCUUGGUUGUUUAGGUGAUGAUUGCUGUCUUCUACUUAAUAUAAAUGCGAGGAAACCGAACUCCUUGCCAGAGUGCCGUUUUCUUGGCCCUGACGGAACUGUUGACUUACUAGUAAAGAAUUGGAGAAAGAAUUGCAGAAAAUGGACAAGUGACAAAGCAUUCCACGAAAAUCUCGCAACCAUUUUAGAGACUCAAUUACCUCAACCUCCUGCAGCAAGCGCCGAAGACGAUGAUCAACUUGACUGUGGAAUUUGCUACGCCAAGCACCUGCCUGUUGCUGACGAACUCGGGGCUAGCAGUGGAUGUGCGCCGGAUUAUACAUGCGAAAAUGCCAGUUGCAGUAAAGCUUUCCACACCGUUUGCUUGAGAGAUUGGUUGCGUACAAUCACAACAACAAGGCAGUCAUUUGAUGUUCUUUUCGGGAACUGCCCAUAUUGCUCUGAACCAGUUGCUGUUAAAUUCUGAAACAUACUAGUGUUAAAACUCGACAGGUAUUCAAACUGUUUUUUCUCUUUAACCUUUCCUUUGCAUAUUUGAAUGCUGAAACUUUAUAGUAGUUAUUUAUUGAGUUUUUCUGGUGCGGAAGACUAAGAUCAAACUUCUGUUCUUCUUCUGGUAGUUGUUAUAUGCUUUGCCGUCUGUAAAGCAGAUGCUGUACUGCUGAUCAUGCUGUAACUUUCGUAUAUUUUUAAUUUUAAAUUACUGUUGUUGAUCCACUAGCUUAAA